AUGCACUCCGCGCAACAGUUUCCUGCCCUGCCUGCGGAGGAGGAGCGCUACCGGCAGGUUGUCUCCGCCAACCGGGUCCUAGAUGAGGAUAAUAUGGGGGAUGGCUGCUCUCAGAAACUGGCUUCUGCCAAGUUCCUUCGACUUUUGCUCCUAAUAUUGAUCCCAUGCAUCUGUGCCCUUAUCCUUUUGUUGGUGAUCCUGCUUACCUUUGUAGGAGUCUUGGAAAAAACCUGCUUUUAUUCAAAUGGAAGCGAGAUCCUCACAGCUGAUGGGGACAUGGAGACAUCUGAUGUUCUCUUGCCAAACGGCCUUGAAAACAGUUCCAAGACUGAUGCCACAAUGGAUCUCAGCACACAGCCCUCUGGCUGGACCACCAUGCCUUUACCCCACACUGACCAAAUGAACAAGGGCUCAAAUAUAUUGAGAGAGACUUCCCAGGAAAAUUCAUUUGCUCUUGCAACUGAAGCCACAGCGCUCAGCCCUCGCCCUGCACAUGAUGCUGCUUUGCCAAAGAGCUCUGAAGGCAGCACCCAGCUGUUUACCACUGCAGAGGAGGCAACUUUGUGGUCCACAGAUGCAUCCUUUAACAACACAGAGGAGAUGACCACUCUGCCAGGCUUAAGUCCUACCCAACCAUCUGUGUCACAAGAGAUGGAUCAGAAAAAAAGUGCCUGCAUCAGUAUCACCAACAGCCAGUGCCAAAUGCUGCCCUACAACCACACCACUCUAACUUCAGUCCUUUCCAUUGUCAGAAGCAUUGAGAUGGAAAAGUUCCUGAAGUUCUUCAGUUAUCUCAGUCGUCUCAGCUGCUAUCAACACAUCAUGCUGUUUGGCUGCAGCCUUGCUCUUCCUGAAUGCAUCAGUGAUGGUGAUGACAGUCAAGGCCUCUUGCCCUGCAGGACAUUCUGUGAGGCUGCAAAGGAAGGCUGUGAACCAGUCCUGGGUAUGGUUAAUGCUUCUUGGCCAGAAUUCCUGAAGUGCUCUCAGUUCCAAACCAAACCUGAAAAUGACAGCACUGCAAGGGUAUGCUUCUCACCACACCAAGAAAAAGGAAGGCAAUCGCUGUGCGGAGGAGAGGAGAGUUUCAUGUGUGCCAGUGGGAUCUGCAUCCCAGGGAAACUGCAGUGUAAUGGCUACAAUGACUGUGAUGAUUGGAGUGAUGAGGUCCACUGCAACUGCAGCAAGGACGUCUUUCGUUGUAACACAGGGAAGUGCCUCAACUACACCUUUGUUUGUGAUGGAUAUGAUGACUGUGGAGACCUCAGUGAUGAACAGAACUGUGAUUGUAAUCCAGUGACACACCAUCAGUGUGGAGAUGGGAGAUGUAUAACAGCUGACUGGGUAUGUGAUGGUGACCAUGACUGUAUAGACAAAUCAGAUGAAACCAACUGCUCAUGCCAUAGUCAGGGUCUGGUGGAGUGCAGAAAUGGGCAGUGCAUUCCUAGUGCUUUCCAGUGUGAUGGAGAUAAUGACUGUAAAGAUGGAAGUGAUGAAGAAAACUGCAGUGAAAGUCAAACCCUCUGUCAGGAGGGAGACCAGAGAUGCACUUCCUGUCCUGAUCCCUGUGGAACUUCUCUCUGUGAGAUGAGACACAGCCAGACAAACUGCAGUCAGUGUGAGCCAAUUACUCUGGAACUCUGUAUGAACUUGCCUUACAACUACACUUACUACCCAAACUACCUGGGCCACAGGACACAGAAGGAAGCCUCUAUCAGCUGGGAGUCUUCUCUUUUCCCAGCCCUGGUUCAGACCAACUGCUACAAGUACCUUAUGUUUUUUGCCUGCACAAUCUUAGUGCCAAAAUGUGACCCCCAUACAAAUCAGCGGAUCCCACCAUGCAGGGCAUUGUGUGUGCAGUCUAAGGAACGCUGUGAGUCUGUGCUUGGGAUUGUAGGUCUGCAGUGGCCAGAAGACACUGACUGCACUCAGUUUCCUGAUGAGAACUCAGAUAACCAAACUUGUCUGACACCAGAUGAAGAUGUAGAAGAAUGCUCACCCAGUCACUUCAAAUGCCGCUCUGGGAGAUGUGUCCUGGCAUCCAGAAGAUGUGAUGGGCAAGCUGACUGUGAGGAUGACAGUGAUGAGGACAGCUGUGGCUGUAGAGAAAGGGGUCUCUGGGAGUGCCCUUUGAAGAAGCUGUGCAUCAAACACACGAUGAUCUGUGAUGGUUUCCCAGACUGCCCUGACAUGAUGGAUGAAAAGAACUGCUCGUUCUGUGCCGAGAGCGAACUCGAAUGUGCCAACCAUGAAUGUGUACCACGUGAGCUCUGGUGUGAUGGGCAAGCAGACUGCACUGACAGCUCAGAUGAAUGGGACUGUGUUACCCUGUCUAAAAACAUGAAUUCCUUGAUGUUCCUGACCAUUCACAGGUCAGCUGCUGCUAACCAUGUUUGUGCUGAUGAGUGGCAAGAAGAUUUAAGCCAACUGGCCUGCAGUCAGAUGGGUUUAGGAGGACCAUCCAGGACAGAAAUUGUCAUAGAGAAUGAGGAAAUGCAGCAUCAGAAUUGGCUGAGCCUGCACUCGGACUGGAAGAACAAAAAUGCCUCCACUUUGCAUGCACUGCUGGUGAAUGGGCAGAUGUGUCAAAGCAGAAGCAAAGUGGCUCUCUUUUGCACUAAAGAAGACUGUGGCCGGCGCCCAGCUGCUCGCAUGAACAAGAGGAUCCUUGGUGGCAGGACAAGUCGCCCAGGCCGGUGGCCGUGGCAGUGCUCCCUGCAGAGUGAGCCAAGUGGACACAUUUGUGGCUGUGUUUUGAUUGCCAAGAGAUGGGUCUUGACAGUAGCACACUGCUUUGAAGGGCGAGAAAACGCAGCUGUUUGGAGAGUGGUGUUUGGGAUCAGCAAUCUGGAUCACCCCUCAGGCUUCAUGCAGACCCGCCUGGUGAAGACCAUUAUCCUCCACCCACGCUACAACAGAGCAGUGGUAGACUAUGACAUCAGCAUUGUGGAGCUGGAUGAGGACAUCAACCAGACCAGCUACGUGAGACCUGUCUGCUUGCCCAGCAAGGACCAGCUGGUUCGGCCAGACACCUACUGCUACAUCACAGGCUGGGGACACAUGGGCAACAAAAUGCCUUUCAAGCUGCAAGAGGGAGAGGUUCGCAUCAUUUCCUUAGAGCAAUGCCAGUCCUACUUUGACAUGAAAACCAUCACCAGCAGGAUGCUGUGUGCCGGCUACGAGGCUGGCACUGUGGACUCUUGCAUGGGUGACAGUGGAGGACCUCUUGUGUGUGAGCAACCUGCAGGGCGCUGGACUUUGUUUGGUUUAACAUCUUGGGGCUCUGUCUGCUUUUCCAAGGUUUUGGGACCUGGAGUUUACAGUAAUGUGUCACAUUUUAUUGAGUGGAUUGAAAGACAAAUAUACAUCCACACCUUUCUGCUCAACUAA